GAACCGGAGUUGAGAUUUUGCGACCGUGGACCUUGUCGUGUGUUUGCCCCGUCGGACUUUGACAGUUUUCUGCGGAGCAAUCGUCAUGUGGAAGACGAGGAGGGGGUGAGAAAUGGAGAGUUCCCUCGGACUGAGAUGAAAAUGGGAGCAAGGGCGUCAGUGUCGCUCUGUAAUGACCAUUCUUCAGUUAGAAUCCUCAGGCCCUGCCCUAAGGUCAGCCCAGAGCUCACUUCUCCCACCCUGGUGUCACAGCCUGCGCUGGUCGGCAGGUCUGUGUUUGGUGUUGCCCUGGAAAUACUGCGAGAGGAAGGGCAGAUGGCCUGUGGAGUACCCUUCAUUCUCAGAGACAUGGUGGAGUUUCUGGAUAAGCACGGGAUGCACCACCGGGGCCUGUUCCGUCUGUGCAGCUCCGUCGCCCGGACCAAGCAGCUCAGGCAGCAGUGGGACCGUGGAGAGAUGGUGAACCUGGAGCAGGAAGGGGACGUCCCCAUGGUAGCCUCACUCCUCAAACUCUUCUUCAGGGAGCUGCCCACCGCCAUCAUCCCGGAACCUCAGCGCCAAAGUCUGGUCCUGAGCCUGUCAGGCCACCCAGAUGAGCCUGAGCUGAACCGGUCUCUGAGGGAAAACCUCCUCUGCCUUCCUGCCGAGCACCUCACCGUUCUGUUGUACCUCGUUCGGUUUCUGUCCAGAGUCGCCGCUCACAGCCAAUCAAAUCACAUGCCUGUGGAAAAUCUGGCAACCAUCUUCGGCCCUUGUAUAUUCCAUGUUCCAGCCGGACCCAGGAUGAUAGAGGAGCAGAGUUUGUGUAACAGCCUGUUACUCCACCUGCUGCACCACCAGAAGACUCUGUUCCCACCUACACUAGAGGAACACACAGUCAACUCCUCCUCACCGCCCCCUCCGACUCUCUCUGCUCUGUUACACAUUCAGGUCAGACCCAGCAGCUGUCACACACAGUGCAGCUGCUCAGAAAAACAAGGAGCAGAAACAGAAUCAGGAUCAGUGAGCAGUGAUUCUGACCAAACAAAACAGGAACAGGAUGUACGCAGCAAGACUGUGACACAUUCAUCGUCGUUCACCCAGAUACCAACAGAGACAGAUACAGCAGAGGUUGAUGAAGUAAACAGAAAACUUUCCUCACCCAUCAAAGGUGACUGUCCAAUGGUGUGUAUUGUUCCUGCUCUGACAAAUGUUUUGUUGUUAUUCAGUCAGCUGCAUUUUGUUACGAAGAAUGGAGUGGAAGAUUCUACAAACAAGGGAAACAGAGAAGGAGGAGGAAGAGGAGGAAGAGGAGGAGGAGGACGAGGAGUUAGUAGUUUUCCUGACACACACAGUGAUUACACAGUUAAAAGCAACAGCAUUGACAGUCCAUCUCUCAAGCUGCAGGCACUGGAGUCUGACUCUGGAUCCCAGUCUGUUCAGGAAAACCUGCAUCUGAGCUGCGAGUCGUUCCUGUACAAGCCUCCAUCACCAUCUGCCGAGGAUGAAAACUUGGUGCAUUCAGUGGAGCCUGAUUUCCAAUCUUCAGAGUCUACGCCCCUCACCUCCACCGUCAGUCUGUCUAAUGAAUGUUCUGAAGACGACCCACUCUCCAGCCCCGGAGACUCCAGCAGCAGCCCCCUGCUGUCUCGUUUCACCUCCACCGACUGCCCCGUUCCAUCACCACGCUGCCACAACCUGAGCCACAGCCUGCGCUACAACUCAGACCCCGACGCAGCCCCUUCUUCUCCGUGCUCACAGCACAUACGCAUGGCACGCUGCGGUGUCAACACAGAGUCAAAUGGGGGCAACGUGUCCGUCACCGUGCUCAACAGACACAUCCACGCCCUGAGGAAGAGGAUCAGACUAUUUGAGGAGCAGUUUGAACAGGAGAAACACUACAAGCCAGCCCAUAAUGACAAAACAGCCAAUCCAGAGGUGUCCAGACUAAUGAAGGACCUCAUCAGGAGUCGCAAGCAGCUAAAAGAGCUGAAGCUGAGACAGACAGAUGAAGCAGGGCUGAGAAGACAAAGGGAUUUUUACCCAUCAGGCAAAUCAUGUAAGACCAACGAAGACCAUAGGGAGGUGUCAGUGACAGGAAGUGAGCUGCAGGUGCUUAACAACAACGGCAACACCAAACCAGACGUGGAAGAAACGGUAAACGUCAUCAGCAACAGAAUGAAGGAGAGACGGCGAGAGCUGGGUCUGCCCGACGACAUCAAGGAGAUGAACCAUGUCCAAAUGACCAUGGAGAAGAGCAACAUGCAGAAGUGUUUGCUGUACUUUGAGAGUCUUCAUGGACGACCGAGCACAAGACAGGAACGAACAUUGUUGAAACCUUUCUACGAUCGCUACCGUCUUCUCAAGCAGAUUCUACUUUUAUCUGCCACUGCAAAUGUCAUCUCGACCAUAGAAGAGGAGGAGCCUUCUGAUGAUGCUCAUCCUAAACAGCACGUCAGCAGCCAGCGGACUCUGCGGCUGAAAUCUCCCAGAUCUGUGUCGUCAGAUGAAUCGCUGCAUCUGGAUCUGUCGGAAAUACCUGUGGUGUCACCUCUGGAGGAGGAGAAGGUUCUGCAGCCACACACCAUGACCAUGGCAAAUUUGCAUGAAGCUUCAAGACCUGAAUUACUGGACCACCUCAGGACGGCUCGUCUGGAGAAGCGCAGGCUGCACCAAACACUGAGAGAGUUUGAAGAUCAGUUCUAUUGGAAGACCGGCAGGGCCUGUCAGAAGGAGGACCGUGGACCCAUGGCGGAGGAGUACUGCGAGUACAAGAGCCUCAAAGCCAAGCUCCGCCUGCUGGAGGCCCUGCUCAGUAAACAACAUGACUCAACCAACACCAGUUGAGUUUUCUCACAGUGAGACACUUUUUUUUCCUCUUUUAACAGGACUUUGUCGUUUUUGACCAAUCAGGACUGAAGCCUGUGGGUCGUCUGGUGGAGUUCAUGUUGUGCACAGGAUGUGGACGCACUUUUACACAAGUGAAAAAAAGAAAAUACAGUGAUAGAGUUUGGAGACAAUCUGAAAACUCGGGCGACUACAGACGUUAGUCCUGACAUCACAGCCCUGUCAUCUUUUACUGCUAUAAACCUGAUGUAGCAAGUGUACCACGU